GGUAAUGCAUAUCUGUGGAGCAGGCUCACACUGGAAGAGGACAGUGACUGAGAUCCCAACAGUUUGUCUGGCUCCUGGUCUGUUGUCAGAUUUCUGCCAUCUCUAUGGAGACUUUGUACAUUGCAGUUCUGCUCCUUUCACAUGGUUGUAUCCAAGAUGUAUCAGGACACUUGCAGUUCCCUUGAAUUAAUAUCUCCCAAUUCUCUUGAGUGGAUGGGUUCACCAGUCAAACUUUGCAUCUCCUGGAACUGACAUCUGUUUCCCUCUACAUGGCCGUAUAUUUGGUCUCCGUGUUCGUCCUACUGACCCAGUGUCAGGCGGUUCCCUUUGACUACCUAUCUCCUACCAAUAGCUCCCUUACAGAGGGUCUUCAGAUGGAAGUGGGGGAAAACAAUAACGCAAGUGAACAAUUCUUAUUCUCUACUCAGCCUCCAGGUACAACUCGUCGAACACCACAGACUAUAAUUAUUGGAGUACGGAAAGGUGGGACCAGAGCUUUGCUAGAGAUGUUGGACAUUCACCCCAACAUUGCAGUGGCUGCAACUGAAGUACAUUUCUUCGACUGGGAUGAGAAUUACAUCAAAGGGAUUGAGUGGUACAGGAGUCUUAUGCCAUACUCAUUUGAAAAUCAAAUUACUAUUGAGAAAACGCCAGGCUAUUUCACAUCUCUGCAGGCACCGGAAAGGAUUCAUAGCAUGAACAGCUCAAUUAAAUUGCUUCUCAUUUUGAGAGAUCCAACCGAGAGGGUCAUAUCGGAUUAUACCCAAGUAUACUACAACAGGCUUGAGAAUCACAAGCCCGUACAACCCUUUGAGGGCAUGGUGAUUAAAAAUGGUGCACUUAAUACCAAAUAUAAGGCAAUCCAAAGGAGCUUGUAUGACGUACAUAUGGAGAGAUGGCUGAAAUACUUUAAUUUGAAUCAGAUUCAUAUAGUGGAUGGUAAUACUUUAAUAAAAAAGCCUCUGACCGAACUGCAGAAGGUAGAAAGGUUCCUCAACCUCCCUCCUAGAAUCGUGUCUUCAAAUUUCUACUUUAACCAAACCAAGGGAUUCUACUGCAUUCGAAGUGAUGGGAGAGAGAGGUGUUUACAUGAGUCCAAAGGGCGCCCCCACCCAGUAGUAAAUGAAACUGUCCUGGAGCAACUUUACAAUCACUUCAGAGAACACAAUCACCGGUUCUACCAAAUGGUUAAUCAGUCUUUUGACUGGCACUAACACUAUGGAUUAUGUUAAGAAAAAGACUCUCGAGAAAAUGCUAAACUGUGAAUAUCUACAGCAACAAUAAGUUUUUAAAACAUUUUGUGGAGGAAAAACUUAACGGGAUGUAAAGUAUAAUCCCAAGUUCUUUGUAGUCAAUGAGAUCAUAAUGCAGACAUCUACAUUGGAUAUCAUUUUGUUUACAGCAAAUAUGGGACCCUAAGUGAUCUCUUUUCCAUGUUGUACAUACAGAUCUAUGAAUGCA